GGGCUCCAAAUGUAGAGAGUUGAAACUUUUCCAGCUGCGGUUUUCCAAGCCUAAAUUUGUAGCUUUCAUUUCACGACACACAACAUCGUAUAAGACUGGUAACUGCAAAGCUCCAACGUCAGAAGUUCUCUUUCUCUCUCUCUCUCUUGCGAAGUUCAAAGCUAGCAGUACGGGUCCAAAGGCUAAAUCUUCUCCAAUCAUCAAGUUGGAAUUUUCUAAGGAUUUCUCAGCAGGGCUUGAUUUGUUGGAGGUAUUGAUAGUAAGAAGCUGGUGAUGACUUGUUGCCCUUUCUUUAGGAAAAAAAAGACUUCCUCUGAUAAACAAACGAUUGAAGGCGUUGAAGAGCUUACAGGUAUCGAGAAUGUUAACCUGUACACUUACCAGGAAUUGCGGGUUGCCACUAAUGAUUUCAGUCCAUCAAGUAAAAUUGGGGAGGGAGGUUUUGGUUCUGUCUAUAAGGGAAGACUUAAAAAUGGCAGUCUGGCUGCUUUAAAGGUUUUGUCAGCUGACUCAAGGCAAGGGGUGCGGGAGUUUUUGACAGAAAUAAAGGUGAUCACAGAAGUAGAGCAUGACAACCUGGUUAAGUUGUAUGGUUGCUGUGUGGAAGGAAACCAUAGGAUUUUGGUAUAUGGCUACCUCGAGAACAAUAGCCUUGCGCAAACACUUCUUGGUGGAGGCCACAGUAGCAUCCAUUUCAGUUGGGAAAAACGGCGUAAAAUUUGCAUUGGUGUUGCACAGGGACUUGCAUUCCUUCAUGAAGAGAUCAGCCCACAUAUUAUUCACAGGGACAUCAAAGCAAGCAAUAUUCUUCUUGACAAAGACUUGACACCCAAAAUUUCAGAUUUUGGUCUUGCAAAGUUCAUUGCACCUAACCUGACCCAUAUUAGCACGCGUGUUGCUGGAACAGCAGGUUAUCUGGCACCUGAAUAUGCACUACGAGGUCAAGUGACAAGGAAAGCAGAUAUUUAUAGUUUUGGUAUUCUGCUCUUAGAAAUUGUAAGUGGGAGGUGCAACACAAACAGGCGGUUACCUGCUGAAGAACAAUAUCUUCUUGAAAGGAGAGACUUGCAGGCGUGGGUACUGCAUGAGAAGGGAGAACUGCUGAGAUUGGUGGACACAUCAUUGAAUGAGAAUUUCGAUGUCGAGGAGGCUACCAGAUUUCUAAAGAUUAGUCUUCUUUGCACCCAAGACAUGCCAAAGCUCCGACCACCCAUGUCCACUGUUGUCAGAAUGCUACUGGGUGAAAUACAUGUAAAUGACAAGGAGAUAACAAAACCAGGCCUGCUUUCUGAGCUCAUGGAUACAGAUGAUGAUGGUAGAGGCCGGAAAUAUAAGGCUGAAAUGAAGAAUACAUCUGACACAGCAUCUUCAGGGUUAGGAAAGCUGUAUAAUUCAUCUUCAUCAUCAGGAAACAUGACCACCUCAUUUGCUACCAUGACCUUCAAUUCAAUAUAUGACCGAAGCAAUUAAUGAGAUGUUGAUUUGACACCGGGUUCAAGGUUC